GAAGAAAACUAUUUUUUUGCUUGCCUCUCAGCAAAAAACAGUACUCUCACCAAACGCCCCCACAGAUUUGCAUUAAGCUAGAGAGAGAAAAAGAAGAGUGUUCUGGGUCUCUUUCAGCUGAAUAUAGUAGCUUUUGAGAGAAGCAAAUCUUUCUUUUUGUUUUUCGGUUUUUUUAAUGUUCUUCUGUUCUUUUUUCAUAGCUUGAUUUCACUUUCAAAAUCUCUCCUUUCUUUCCCGAUCAGACUCUCGCCAUUGCCGUUCUUCUUCAGCUCGUUUUGGGCAGUGAAGUUGAAAUCCAAAACAGACGCAUCACUUCGAAUCAUAUGUAAAGAAAGAUUAUAGAACUUCCCACAAAAAAAAAAAAAAUGUUCACUGAAGGACUUGACAGAAGUGCUCUUCGUUGGGUUAGAGAGAAGGAUGUUUCUAUUCCUAGUACGAAUCUAAGACCUCGUAUUGAUCCAAUGUCUCAACUCCGCGGCGGUGGGAGGGGCUUUGGUCUCCCCCCGCCGGCGAAAUUCCGAAGCGGGCACUUGCCCGCGACUGCCAUUCCCGUUUCUAGAACCAUCCCCCGUGAUGACAGCGCGUCGGGUUCCGAAAACGACAUGAGUACUGACUCGGAGGAGGAUGUUUAUGGAGGAAGAUACUCGCUGGAUUCGUCGCCGCAGCGUCCCAAUGGGACUGCCUAUAGAUACGGGAACCCGUCGAAGAGGGAUUCCCAGUCACAUUAUAGCAGUGACUAUACUUAUUCGGAUGUUGGAUCGUCGAUGGAGACAGUGGCGGGAUUGACGAAACAUCUUAUGGCAGCGCAGAGGAGGGCGGCGGAGGCGGGAAAUGGGAGGUAUCCGGUUGCUCAGAAUGGCUUUACGGAGGAUGAGUCCUAUGAUUCCGCAGCUAGCUCAGAGUUUUCGACAACGCAAGUUGGGGGAAGCAUUAAUGGCGGUGCUGCCAGACGGAAUAGAUUCUCGGAGGGAUAUGCUUCCAGCAUUCCAUCCACAAUCAAUGUGGAAAGUGCUGCUGAAAAGGGUUUGCAUUCGAGAAAGCUGCAGAAUGGGAAGUUUUCCGAUGAAGAUGAUGUUCCCAGUGCGCCACCAUUUGGUGGCUCUACUCAGGAAAUCAAAGUAGCUUCUGAGAGUAGUCCAGCUUCCAAGGUUCAGGGCACUCCAAAAACAACAGAUUUGCCUGAAGCAAAAAAUACUACUGAUAUUCCAGAGGCUAAAGGUGGAAAUGGAAAGUCUGAACAGUUUGCAAGAAGUACUAAUGGUUCAGAAGCUGCUCCCUCAUCCGGAGCAGCUCGAGUCCCAACAUUCCAUGCAAGUGCGUUAGGGCCAUGGCAUGCUAUUGUUGCAUAUGAUGCAUGCGUGCGUCUUUGUCUUCAUGCUUGGGCAAUGGAAUGCAUGGAAGCACCUAUGUUUUUGGAGAAUGAAUGUGCUCUACUAAGGGACGCAUUUGGUUUAAGGCAAGUACUUCUACAGUCAGAGGAAGAACUGCUGGAAAAGCAGACUUCAGAGCUAGCAGGCGAGAAAGCUGCUCCUAAACCUAAGAAAAUGGUUGGCAAGAUGAAGGUGCAAGUGCGUAAAGUGAAAAUGGCUCUGGAUCCACCUACCGGCUGCAGUAUUACUUCUUACCGACCAAAGUUAGUUAAAGUGGAAACCAUCAAAUAUCACUUCUCCAACUUCCACUCAACACUCUCUUCUGGAUGGCAAGCUCUUCGAAAAAUCCGCCUGGUUCCUCGUCUACCAGCAAAUCGCUCAUUUUCACGUCAAAGCUUGGCUUAUGUGCAUGCUGGUACUCAGUAUAUAAAACAGGUGUCUGGACUCCUAAAAACUGGCGUAACUACUCUGCGUAAUAGUUCAUCAUCAUAUGAAGUUGUGCAAGAAACAUACUCUUGUUUUUUAAGACUGAAAAGUUCAGCUGAAGAAGAUGCCAUCAGAUUGCAACCUGGAUCUGGGGAAACUCAUGUUUUCUUUCCAGAUAGCUUGGGUGAUGAUCUGAUUGUUGAAAUCCAAGAUUCCAAGGGAAAGCAUUUUGGCCGUGUGUCUGUUCAAGUGGCAACCAUUGCUGAUGACCCGGCCGACAAGUUACGUUGGUGGUCUAUCUAUCGCGAACCCGAACAUGAGUUUGUGGGAAAGCUACAGCUUUAUAUAAUUUACUCAACAAGUUCAGAUGAUAAUAGUCAUCUCAAAUACGGUUCUGUUGCAGAGACGGUUGCAUAUGACUUAGUUUUAGAAGUUGCUAUGAAGGUUCUACAUUUUCAGCAAAGAAGUCUCCUGUUGCAUGGUCCUUGGAAAUGGCUUUUAACAGAGUUUGCAGUGUACUAUGGUGUUUCUGAUGUAUAUACCAAGCUCAGAUACCUUUCUUAUGUCAUGGACGUUGCCACACCAACAGCUGAUUGCCUUGCGUUGGUUUACGACUUGUUGACGCCUGUUCUCAUGAAAGGCCACAGCAAGAGCACAUUGAGCCAUCAAGAGAACCGAAUUUUAGGAGAAACCAAGGAUCAAAUCGAACAAAUACUUUCUCUAGUUUUCGAAAAUUACAAGUCAUUGGACGAAUCUGCACUCUUGGGUAUUAUGGAGGUCUUUAAACCCGCAUGUGGACUUGCAGCACCUGCACUGGAACCUGCUGUUAAACUUUUUACUCUUCUUCAUGAUAUAUUGUCCCCCGAGGCACAAAAUACAUUGUGCCAUUAUUUCCAGGUUGCUGCAAGAAAGAGAUCAAGAAGGCAUUUAACCGAGACGGAUGAAUACAUUAGCAACAACACUGAAGGGACUCUGAUGGAUAAUUUGACUAUGUCCACUGCAUACCAGAAGAUGAAGUCUUUGUGCACAAACUUUAGGAACGAAAUCCUAAUGGAUAUUGAGAUCCAUAACCAACACAUACUUCCAAGUUUCAUAGACCUUCCAAAUCUGUCGUCCUCAAUAUACAGCACCGAUCUGUGUAGUAGAUUGCGUGCUUUCCUCAUUGCUUGCCCCCCAACGGGCCCUUCACCUCCUGUUGCAGAACUUGUUAUUGCAACAGCAGAUUUUCAGAGGGACCUUGCGAGCUGGGGCAUCAGUCCCAUCAAAGGUGGAGUUGAUGCAAAAGAAUUAUUCCAUCUUUAUAUCAUGGUGUGGAUUCAGGAUAAGCGCCUUUCAUUGCUCGAAUCAUGCAAGCUAGAUAAGGUAAAAUGGUCAGGAGUUAGAACACAACAUUCUACAACUCCUUUUGUGGAUGAGAUGUAUGAUAGACUGAAGGAAACUUUGAGCGAUUAUGAGAUCAUCAUAUGUCGAUGGCCAGAGUACACUUUCGUUCUAGAGCAAGCUAUCACCGAUGUCGAGAAGGCAAUAGUGGAAGCUUUAGAUAAGCAGUAUGCAGAUGUCUUGUCACCAUUAAAGGAAAAUUUGACACCCAAAAAAUUUGGCUUCAAGUAUGUGCAAAAACUUGCCAAAAGAUCUGUAUCCUCCUACACAGUCCCUGAUGAGCUUGGAAUUUUGUUGAAUUCUCUUAAGAGGAUGCUUGAUAUCCUGCGGCCAAAGAUAGAAGCUCAGUUCAAAUCAUGGGGGUCCUGUAUCCCUGAUGGUGGAAAUGCAGUUCCCGGAGAGCGUCUCAGUGAAGUUACGGUCAUGCUGAGAGCAAAGUUCAGGAACUAUCUUCAAGCAGUAGUGGAAAAACUUGCAGAGAAUUCGAAGCUACAAAGUUCGACAAAGCUGAAAAAGAUCCUCCAAGAUUCAAAGGAAACUGUGGUAGAAUCAGAUGUUCGAAACAAGAUGCAGCCGUUGCGAGACCAGCUAAUGAGUACAAUGAAUCACCUUCAUACAGUCUUCGAGACUCACGUUUUCGUUGCAAUCUGUCGCGGUUACUGGGACCGAAUGGGACAGGAUGUUCUGAGCUUCUUGGAGAACAGGAAAGAGAACAGAUCGUGGUACAAGGGCUCCCGGAUUGCUGUUUCUAUCCUGGACGACACCUUUGCGUCUCAGAUGCAGCAGUUGCUGGGGAACGCGCUACUGGAGAAGGAUCUGGAGCCGCCGAGAUCGAUCAUGGAAGUCCGCUCGAUACUCUGCAAAGAUGUUCAAGAUCACAAGGACAACAGCUACUAUUUUUAGGUUGGCGUCAUGUAAAUAUGAGAUGAGAGAGAAAGAGAGAGGGGACGUAUGAUAAUGGAAGAGCUUCGAGUAUAGGAGUUAGCAGAUGAUCACCUUGGCCCACUUUUGGCGCUAUAAUCUCUAUAAUAAUAUAAUAUACAAGAUAUAUAGUAUACGUACUACUCGUGCUGCUAAUUUUGUAGAGGGAGCAAGCUGCUAGCUGCUCUAAGAAUUUCGGGCUCAUUUGAUUCGUGCAUUUAAAUCAGUGAUUCUAAAUUUUGACAUUUGAAAUUUAAAAUUUGUGAGAGUAGAACACUGCAGCAGAAUCAAAAUUAUGAGUUUAAACGCGAAAAACAAACAAGCCCUUUAUGUAUGCCGAGUAAAAAGGGGGUUUUUUUUUAUUAUUAUUAUUGUUUUUAAGUUUCUUUUCUAACAUUCUUGUUCCCAUAAUGUCAUUUAUCAAAGCCGAU